AAACCCAAAUGUACAUACUGGCAGGAAUAGUGUUUUGCUACCUCCGCUGUCAGUGUCUUUGUGUACAGUCUGUGGCAACCAUCAAACACACAUCACUUGGAACAAGAUUUGUUCCCCGUGCAGCAUCGUGAAUGUCAUUACUAUUGAUGCAGUUGUGUCCAUCAUCAGUUAACUCAUUUCCAAAUUAUAACAGAAACAGUGUUUCAAAAUUACCCAGUUGGCUGUAAAACGGUGAGGGAUGGCUGGCAGUCGCGAAAGAUCUCAUUUAAAUGCGACUUCGUCUUUUUCCCCAACCUCCCACCUCGGCCGCGGGGUUCCUUUACCAAGAUGGCGGCGGCGUCCCUACCCAGAUAAGUGUUUCCGGGUUGACCGGUGUCCCGGCCGGAGCGGUUGCCGUGGAGCGGGAGAAGGAAGAGCGAGUCUGGAGUGAACUUGGACUUGGAUCUGGGCGAUGUGGGAGCCGCGGGAUCGGUGAGAGCUCGGGCCCGCUCUUCUGGUCAGGAGCUCUGCGGAUCUGGGCGAUGACCGUGCGAGGCCUCGCCGGCGCUGUGCUGCUGGCGGUGGCUGUCCUGGGAGACGCGGUCGCUGGCCGGGGAGCCGGGCGCCAUGAUGAUCGGUUCGAUAUCUUGAAAGAAUGGUUAACUGAUUAUGACAUCCUGUCUUUAUCGGAUAUCCGUCAGCACACUGUGAGAAAGCGUGAUGCAGGACCACAGUCCCAUGUUGAACAAUCAGUCCAGUUUUCAGUCCUCAACAGAAAUUUUAGAUUGUAUUUAACAUCAAGCGUGGAGCAAUUUUCUGAUACUUUCAGAGCGGUAGUAGUGGACAGAUAUGGAAAUGAAGAAGAAUAUCCUGUGCAAUGGAAGAACUUCUUUAUUGGCCAUGUGAUUGGUGAGCCAGGUUCAAAAGUCCGGGCUGUAAUUGAUAAUGAGGAUUUUGCUGCCAGAAUUGUUACCGAUGAAGGAGAAUAUAAUGUAGAGCCCCUUUGGAGGUUUAUUGACUCUGAGCCUGUGGAAAAAUUGUUGGCGUACAAAUCUGAAGAUGUUCGGGAAAUUGGGCGUUUAAAGUCAUCAAAUAUUUGUGGUUACAUAAAGUUGAAUGACUCUGAACUUUCACCAGAGGAACUUGAUGAGGAUGAUUUUGAUACAGAUGCUUCUACAAAAUACAUCCAGCGACAGAAAAGACAAAAUGUCCUAGAUCCUGAGAAGAAUACUUGCAAAAUGCUGGUUGUAGCAGAUUAUCGUUUUUUUAAACACAUGGGGCGUGGUGAAGAGAGCAUCACCAUCAAUUACUUGAUCGAAUUGAUUGACAGAGUAGAUGACAUUUAUCGGAAUACCACUUGGAAUAGUGCUGGUUUCAAAGGAUAUGGAGUGCAGAUAGAGGAGAUAAUUGUCAAUAAAGAACCAACAGUGGUGACUGCGGGUAAGAAACAUUACAAUAUGGCUGGAAGUUAUCCAGAAAAUAAAGAUGCUUGGGAUGUCAAGCCUCUGCUUGAGCAAUUCAGUGCUGAUAUAGCCAAAAGUGCAUCCAAAGUUUGCCUUGCACAUCUGUUUACGUACCAAGAUUUUGAACACGGAACACUUGGGUUAGCUUAUGUUGGAUCUCCAAAAUCACGUGCAUUAGGUGGCAUAUGCCCUACACGUAAGUCCAAAUCCUAUGAUCACCCAACCAUGGAAAAGAUAGUGUACCUAAAUACUGGAUUAACCAGCACAAAGAACUAUGGGAAAACAAUUCUCACCAAGGAAGCAGAUCUUGUUACUACUCAUGAAUUAGGCCAUAACUUUGGAGCGGAGCAUGAUCCAGAUACUCUAGAAUGUGCCCCGACAGAUGAUGAUGGUGGGAAAUAUGUCAUGUAUCCCAUAGCAGUGAGUGGUGACCAGGAUAAUAACAAGCUGUUCUCCAACUGCAGCAAACGAUCGAUUUUUCGGACACUAAUUAAUAAAGCGUCCAAGUGCUUUCAAGAACGAAACAAGAAAGUAUGUGGAAAUUCGCGUGUGGAUGAGGGGGAGGAAUGUGAUCCUGGGCUUCUACAACUAACUGAGGAUAAGUGCUGCACCCAACAAUGUCAACUCAAAAAAGAUAAAAAGUGCAGUGAUAAGAACAGCCCAUGCUGCAAGGAUUGUCAAUUUGAAAAAGCUGGAAAGAAGUGUCAGGAAGCAAUCAAUGCAACAUGCAAAGGAGAAUCCACUUGCACAGGGAUGGAUCAGUUUUGCCCUGCUCCUGGUAAUGCUCCAGAUGAUACCAUCUGUGUGGACAUGGGAAAAUGUUUAAAUGGCGAAUGCAUACCUUUUUGUGAGACCGAGAUGGGCCACAGCCCAUGUGCUUGUAAUGAGACGGAUGAUUCCUGUAAAGUUUGCUGCAAAGAUAAUGGAAUUUGUAAACCCUAUGUAGAUGAAAACAACAAAUUUCUGUACCUGCGCAAAGGGAAACCCUGCACAGUUGGAUUCUGUGAUGGACAUGGCAAAUGUGAAAAGCAAGUACAGGAUGUAAUAGAACGAUUCUGGGACUUCAUUGAGAAAUUGGAUAUUAACACAUUUGGGAAAUUCUUAGCAGAUAAUAUUGUUGGAUCCGUUGUCGUAUUCUCUCUCGUGUUUUGGAUUCCCCUCAGCAUUCUUGUCCAUUGUGUGGAUAAGAAGUUAGACCAACAGUAUGAAGAGAGCACAAAAACAUUCUUCCCUUCCAGUAACCCGGAGAUGUUUAGCAGCUUAGAAUCUGCCUCAGUACGAAUAGUGAAGUCUUUUCCUCAGUCUACAAACCGUUUUCAACUGCCACCAGCACCACCGUCACAGGUGACUAUCCCAACGGUGGCAGUGCCAACAAAACCUGACCAUCAUCGCAUGGACACGAUACAGGAAGAUCCUAGUGCUGACUCUCUAAUUGGUGAGAGUGCGUUAGAUGAGGAUCCUUUUCCAAAUAGUAGCCAAGCAGCAAAAUCCUUUGAAGAUUUAACAGGUCAUACCGUCAACAGGAGUGACAAGGCAUCUGCAUUUAAAUUGCAGCGGCAAACCCGCAUUGACAGUAAGGAGACGGAGUGCUGAGAUCCUGAGUCAGAGUAGUCUUUUUAUAAAACUGAAUUAUUUAUCAUGUGGCUUCUCUGAUUUUUGUUACAAGUUGGAUCCAUCUAUAUGUAAAUUUGAUAUGGUAUUUUGUCUAUUGUUGCAGUAUUUUUUAAAACCGUUUGUUCCUGACUUAAGACACUCAGCUAGUCCUGAAGAAUGCAACUCUGAUUCUAAAGUUUUUUUUAAAUAAAUAAUUUGGCCCAAUCAUGACUAAUCUCAAAUUAACGAAGUUGAAUUAAUUAUAACAUUCAGUGUAUACCUGGACAUAGACAUCAAGUGUUGCAUGCAAUGCAAGUAUUUUUCUUUUUAAACAAAAAAAAUCAAGGAAUUGGCAUUGUUGUUUGAAAGGACUGAUACACAAAUUGUUAGCUUAUCAUAUUUAUAACUAACACGUCAGACUUCUUUUCCCUGUAUCAGUACUUGCAAGCAAUGUGGGAAGAUUGCUGCAAUUUUUGUAAUGAUUUAAGCUUUUGUGUAUAUAAAAACUUUGGGGAACUGUUAUGAAAAUGUACUUUAAUAAAGUUUGGAUUUUUAA